AUGUAUGCCUAUGUGUCUGAGGCAAGUAACAUUAUUGAAGAAUUCAAGAAGCUUCCUGCUUCAGGUCCCAGGGAACUCACUCCUGCCAUGAUUCUUUCUAUAGAGGAAGCAGAUAAGCCUGCAAAGAGGGGAAAGAAACAAGAUAACAUUAAAGGAGCUAAGGGGAAAACUCCAAAGAAACGAAAGACUGAGAAAGCAACACCUUCACAGCCCAAGCAGAAAAAGAUAAAGAAGCCUGCUCGGAGGCUUAUUCUUCAGUCUUUGAGUGAUUCUGAAUCUGAUUAUGUUCCUAUUGGACAUAAUCGACCAUCUCCUACUGCAUCUGAGAGCGAAAGCUCUGGUGAGGAGGUUUCGGUUCGUGGUGAUACCCCUCCUCGCUCGCCAACCCCAGAGGCCCUCUUCUCUUCUGCAGUUAAGGAGCAUGACACGUCUAUCUCCAAUGCAGUGAAGGCCAUUGAUGCCUCAACUUCUCAAUGUCAUAAGGGUUCACUUGCAGUGGAAACCUCUACUAAAGAAUGCAAGGAAGUGACAACAAAAGUCGAAAAACUAAUCUCAGAAGCUCAAAUCUUUCUCGAUUCCCUUCAAGUUGCUGCUCAAAAAAUGCUAACACCGUGA